CAACAGGUUUACGCACACGCAGGACCCCACAGACAGGACAGGGCUCCCAACUGUACUCUGUACUGUAACUGUACCACUGACCGUUCAAUCCUUCUGCCCACCCACCCACUCAGGCGCGGUGCAAGUGUCCGCUAAUUGAGUUCCAGGUGGACCCACAAAUCCACUUAUAAAAGUAAUUUUCAUGUGGAAAAAACUAUUAUAAAGCAGCGAACCAAUAUCAGGAGAAGGGAAUCCAAUCAAGGAUAAAUCGACUGACCGCAGACCGCAGAGCCCAACGGAAGAGCGAGCCCGUUCUCUGAUUUCGAAUAAAACAACAAAAAUAGUGCAAAAAUAUACUCGGUGAGAAUGGACCAAGCGAAGACAACCACAAAGACAAAGACCCAGAGCCGCCUGUUGCUGCUGGUUGUGUUGCUCCUGGGCAGCGCCUGCAGCAGCCUGGCCACUGGCAGCAGCAGCAGCAGCAGCACCGCCAGCAACGGCCUCUCCGAGCAGGUGCUGGACCAACUGAACGACGACAGCGAGCUGUACAACAACAACAACAACAAGCGGGCCUGGCAGUCGCUGCAGAGCUCCUGGGGCAAGCGGAGCAGGAGUGGCGGAGACGUGCCGGAGGCAGGAGACGACAACAUCUACAUGACCGGACACUUUGUGCCGCUGGUGAUCACCGAUGGCACCAACACCAUCGACUGGGACACCUUCGAGCGGCUGGCCAGCGGCGACCUGCAGGACAUGCAGCCACAGACGCCGCAACAGCAACAGCAGCAGCAGCAGCAGUCGGGCGAGGAUAUGCUGGAGGCAGAUCCGGAGGCGGCUGGCAACAUGGAGAAGCGCGCCUGGAAGAGCAUGAACGUGGCCUGGGGCAAGCGGCGUCAGGCGCAGGGCUGGAAUAAGUUCAGAGGCGCUUGGGGCAAGCGCGAGCCCACAUGGAACAACCUGAAGGGCAUGUGGGGCAAGCGCGAUCAGUGGCAGAAGCUGCAUGGCGGCUGGGGCAAGCGUUCCAUGCAAGCGUCCCUCAACUAAGCAGCAGCAGCAGCAGCAGCAGUCCAAAACUAUUCCCAUACUAAUCAGAGGCAUUUACCUAACCCAAACCUGUAACUAACCAAUAAUAAAUACGAUAUGUGUGUGUGUUCCCCCCCCAAUUAGAGGUUCCUGCUACCAACCAGGCAGCUGAAAGUCAAUUCCGAAAAUGUAUGAAAGCCGGCAACAGACAGAUACAAAUACAUACAAUCUAUAUACAUAUAUAUAUAAUACUUAUUCCAGAUUGUAUUUUAGAUGCAGACAGUAUUAUUAUAAAGUAUAUCAAGUAUCAACCUUAGCACCUAGCAUCCUCUCAGUAUACCGCAACAAAGGAAUCUUUGGCAAGAAUAUCGCUUUAAUUUAGUGACCGUUAACUUAGUUA